GAGGAGGAGAAGGGAGGAGGAGGAGAGGAGAGAAAAGGGGCGAGGGGAGGGAGUAUAUGGGGGAAGCGUGGUCAGAGAUGGUGGUUCCGUGAGGAAACAGUCUGCUUAGUGACUGCCUGUAGGCUACUUCUCACACGCUGCUCGCACUAGACUCGUGGAGGGGAGAGGAGUCAAACACCUCAGCAUGGCGCACUUUUGUGGAGGUUUCUUGGAUCAUAUUUUUUGUGUUUCCUCCACAUUUCUUACUUCUGCUGUUUUGUUUUGAUUGGAAAAAACAGGUGUCGGUUUACACUGGUGCGUGUAAGGGGUGUUUGAAUUGGUGUAUGGCCUUGUGUGCGCACGCGUGUGUGUUUGCGCUCUCGAGAGCACGUGUUGCUCUCCAAUAAACUGUCGCCUGAGAGAGAGAGAGAGACCACAACGGACUUUUAAACUGGCGCAAGAAGCAUCCGGUUUCUACACUUUCUUUUUCGCUGACUGAAGGAAUAUAUGAGCAUCGAUAACAACAGUAACAACAAACCCAACAGCCAACGGACCUCUCCCGAAACAGAUGAUGCCAAACCAACGCUUUUGCACCCUGGACUUUUGGGAGCUGUAGAAGACUGAGUGUGUGUGUUUGAGAGAGAGAGAGAGAGAGAGAGAGAGAGAGAGAGAGAGAGAGAGAGAGAGAGAGAGAGAGAGACUGAGCGAGAAAGAGAGAGAAAGAGAGAGACAGCGAUAGAGAGGCGAGAGGGAGAGAGAGACUGUGUGUGUGUGUGUGUGUGUGUGUGUGACUGUGUGUCUGUGUGUAUGUGUGUUGGUAAGGACGAGGAUAGGGACAUGUUUUUGGAAGGUAGCUAUGAGCCAAGGAGCUCUCAACACCCCCGAGUGAGCCAGGCGGGCAUGCAGGAGGGCACGCAGACGGGCACUCCGCUGGACAUCAGGAACCACGUCUGACCAGCAUGGGCACCUGAGUGUGGUGGGCACGGCUCAUACACACACACACACACACACACACACACACACACACACACACACACACACACACACACACACACACUGGACUACGGCUGCAGAAACGGCCAGCCGGAGUGUGUAGUGUGCACACGCCAGUGACAAGAGAGACAGAUAGAGAGAGAGAGAGAGAGAGAGGGAGAGAGAGGGAGAGGGAGUUAGAGAGUGAAAGAGAGGAGAGGAGAGUAGAUUCCGGAUCCGGAACCAUGAGUUCCGUGCCCUCUCACUAUGGCUACCUCCCCGCCGGCGACCGGGGGGCGUUCAAGGUGCGAAACGGGAACAUCUGUGGCUCGCCAUGUGCCGUCAACCGGCCCAUUGACAUCGUGCAGAAGCGCCGCCGCUUUGACGUUGAGAAUGGCUUGUCGGUGGGCCGCAGUCCGCUGGACCCCCAGGCCAGCCCGAGCUCGGGUCUGGUCCUGCAGGCCAACUACCCCCACAGCCAGCGCCGAGAGUCCUUCCUGUACCGCUCCGACUCGGACUUCGACCUGUCGCCCAAGACUAUGUCCCGGAACUCCUCCACCACCAGCGAACUGGAGGAAGGCUUGAAACACUGGGAGGUCAAUUGGCUGCCUCGACAUGGAGAAGACAUGAUCGUCACACCUUUUGCACAGGUCCUGGCCAGUCUAAGAACCGUUAGAAGUAACUUCGCCCUGCUGACUCAUCUACAGGAUCACAAGAGGCAGCCUGGACUCAAGCCUUCUUCUUCCUGCAAGCCCAACCUUCCAGAUGAGACGUACCAGAAGUUGGCCAUGGAGACUCUGGAGGAGCUGGACUGGUGUCUGGACCAGCUGGAGACGCUGCAGACACGACACUCCGUCAGCGAAAUGGCCUCCAAUAAGUUCAAGAGGAUGCUGAACAGAGAACUCACCCAGCUGUCCGAAACCAGCAAAUCGGGAAACCAGGUGUCAGAGUACAUCGCCAACACUUUCUUAGAGAAGCAGCACGACGUGGAGAUCCUGUCGCCGCCCCCCAAGGAGAAGGAGGACAGGAAGAAGCGCCGGCCCAUGUCCCAGAUCAGCGGCGUGAAGAAGCUGACCCACAGCCCCAGCCUCACCGCCGCCGCCAUCCCCCGCUUCGGGGUCGCCACCGACCACGAGGGACGCCUCGGCAAGGAGCUGGAGGACAUUAACCGCUGGGGUCUGGACAUCUUCAAGGUGGCCGAGUACUCGGGGAACCGGCCUCUCACGGUCGUCAUGUACUCCAUCUUCCAGGAGCGAGACCUGCUCAAGUCCUUCAAGAUCCCAACGGACACGUUCUUGACGUUCAUGAUGACGCUGGAGGACCACUACCAUUCAGACGUGGCCUACCACAACAACAUCCACGCCGCCGACGUAGUGCAGUCCACACACGUGCUGCUCUCCAGACCAGCCUUAGAGGCGGUCUUCACUGACCUGGAGAUCAUGGCUGCCCUGUUCGCCAGUGCCAUACACGACGUGGACCACCCAGGAGUCUCCAACCAGUUCCUCAUCAACACAAACUCUGAGUUGGCUCUGAUGUAUAACGACGCGUCUGUGCUGGAGAACCACCACCUGGCCGUGGGCUUCAAGCUGCUGCAGGAGGACAACUGUGACAUCUUCCACAGCCUCAGCAGGAAGCAGCGGCUCUCCAUGCGCAAGAUGGUGAUUGACAUGGUGUUGGCGACGGACAUGACGAAGCACAUGAACUUCCUGGCGGACCUGAAGACCAUGGUGGAGACCAAGAAAGUGACCAGCCUGGGAGUCCUGCUGCUGGACAACUACUCAGACCGCAUACAGGUGCUGCAGAACAUGGUUCACUGUGCGGACCUGAGCAACCCCACCAAGCCCUUGGAGGUGUACCGCCAGUGGACCGACCGCAUCAUGGUGGAGUUCUUCGGGCAGGGCGACCGCGAGCGCGACAAAGGCAUGGAGAUCAGCCCCAUGUGCGACAAACACAACGCCUCCAUCGAGAAAUCGCAGGUGGGCUUCAUAGACUACAUAGUGCAUCCUCUGUGGGAGACGUGGGCGGACCUGGUGCAUCCCGACGCCCAGGACAUCCUGGACAACCUGGAGGACAACCGGGAGUGGUACCAGAGCAUGAUCCCCCGCAGCCCCUCGCCCCCGCCGGAGGAGGAGCGGCCGGGGAGCCAGGCAGGAGGAGGAGGUGGUGGAGGAGGUGGUGGAGGAGGCCCAGGCUCCAGCCUCGGCUCCUCCUCGGGCCUCGACAAGUUCCAGUUCGAGUUGACUCUGGAGGAGGAGGAAGGGGAGGGGGAUGGGGAGGGGGAGGGGGACCUCGAUGCCCCCCAGGACGAGGCUUCUCUCCGAGCAGCAGCAGCAGCAGCAGUGGACCUCUCUCCCCCCUCCUCCCCGACCCCCAGGGCUCGCCGAGGGUCUCCUGUGGGGCUGGUGGGCCGCUCGGUACCCUGCGGGUCGGGCCAGCAGAGGACGUUCCUUCCCAUCGAGCACAGCCAGAGCUUCAGGGGCCUGGACGACACAGCGGAAGAGGAGAGCGAGCUGGAGCCGGAGGAGCAGGAUGCUAACGGGAUAGCUAGCCUGCGGCUCGGGACAUAGCCCUGCCAAAAAGAGACGAGCUCAGGGUGUCACGGUUCGGUGUGUGUGUGAGUGUGUGUGUGUGUGUGUGUGUGUGUGUGUGUGUGUGUGUGUGUGUGUGUGUGUGUGUGUGUGUGUGUGUGUGUGUGUGUGUGUGUGUGUGUGUGUGUGUGUGUGUGUGUGUGCGACUCUUCCUGCUAGUCACUCCUGGCGCUUUAUAGCUUUUGGGAGAGCUCACGAGGCUCACUGUGUGCAUUUAGCAUGGAGUGCCUCAGUCACACACUGCGUUAACACUGAAGAUGACUCUUAUGGAGAUAAAACAAGAAAAACCUCACUUCACUUCACAAACUCUGAUCUUGUUGAACAAGAAUGUAUUUUGUAUAAUCUAAAAAGACAUGUUUAUUUUAUUUUUAUUUUUGUUUUGUUGGGUUUUUUUUUCAGUGGUUUUAAUUGGAGGUGUUGUGUUGGUCUAUUGGCUGCUGUGAGUGGCCAUGCUGCCUGCGUGAGGCCGAAGUUGUCUACAUUUGCUUCAGCCCCACUAGCUACAUGGGGAAAACAAGGGAACUACCUUCUUUAGAGGGAUGAAAACAGUUUGUUGUUGAUUUUUCUUUCGUUCGUUCCUUUAGCCAAGUCGAUGGCAUUAGCAGCCCUGAUGAAAAUAGCAGGGUCUUGGGCUGGUGCCUCUAAGAAGAGAAAUACGUGUCUGAAACGACAAAAUUCAGGCCGAGGCUGUUGUGGCAACUAGGGAAUGGCAAAUCUUUAACCAAAUAUUAGAGAGAAUCCUCAGAAAAUGGUGACAUCGACCUCAGGGUAUUGUGUUGUAAUGUAGCACGACAGUCACUCUCUUUUCUUUUACCCAAAAGAGUCUAAUUGAUGUUUCGAUAUUUGUAUGACAGACUUUAGAAAUGUGUAAAUAUCUUAUAUAUUUUAGAAAUUCACACCAUAAUACUUAUGUUCUGGUUUUAAACGUCAGGUUUAUUUAUUUAGCACUGAUUUGUAUCAUGAGUAGCCACAGACAGAAAGCAUAAGCAAUCACUAAAUGAUACAGAAAUGAUCACCCACAAAUGUUAUGAUAUUCAUAAUAUUUUCCUCAAUCUGUUAGAUUAGCUCCCUUCCAAGAAUAGCCUACACGUUUUAAACGAAAAUUGAAAACACCACUUAACACUCAUACUUGUACUUAUGUUUCCUUGCAGUUUGACUGUGUAUGGCACAGGGUUUUUUCUUUUGUUUCUCUUUUCUUUCUUCCUUUUCUUUUCGAGCAUCAUGCCAUGUAUUAUGUUUGAGGAGGACAGCAGAGAGAGGUUCUGUCCUGGGCUGUGUUUCCCAAAAAACCUUCAUUACAGGAAAUAUACCACAUCACAAAAGUGUGUGCAUACAAUUAUUUCAUAGGCCUAAAUACAGUAUUUUUUUUUCUCGCUCAUGCAAAUAAAAAUGGUUGCGCCAAGUGCAUGACAGUGCUAGCCUCGCCUAGCCUUGCACUGCUAGGUAAAAUAGUGUAUAUAUAAACUUUUGCUGAUGUGAGAGCUAUUUCUGAUACAGGUAUAUUGCCAAAGUGGCAUGUCAUACUACAUACAGUACAUGUAAGGGCCAAAACAUACCAAGGCGGAACGGAACGGUCGCAGGACGGACGCGGUCUUUCUGCUUAGUUUUGGCCGGCGUGCUUUUCUCUGCCUUGCACACUGACAGCGUCGGCGUGCGCGGCCAGUCCUGUUCAAAACCCUCCCCACAGCUAAAGCUAGCGUGCUACUUUGCCAUUCAUUUGAAUGAGACACCGCCGGUUGCCGGCGUGAAAAAUACGCUGGAGUUCUAUUUUCCAAAUGCAGCGCGGCGCGGAGCCGGCUCCCGCGCCGCUGACGCCCGACUACCGCCGGUUGGUGUGUAAGGACAGAUAGGUUUCAAUGUAUUUUCACCGACGCCGGUAAAAAAUGCGGCCGUUCCGCGACGCUUUACCGCCUUGGUGUGUAAGACCCCUAAGGGCCAAAACAUACCAAGGCGGAACGGAACGGUCGCAGGACGGACGCGGUCUUUCUGCUUAGUUUUGGCCGGCGUGCUUUUCUCUGCCUUGCACACUGACAGCGUCGGCGUGCGCGGCCAGUCCUAUUCAAAACCCUCCCCACAGCUAAAGCUAGCAUGCUACUUUGCCAUUCAUUUGAAUGAGACACCGCCGGUCGCCGGCGUGAAAAAUACGCUGGAGUUCUAUUUUCCAAAUGCAGCGCGGCGCGGAGCCGGCUCCCGCGCCGCUGACGCCCGACUACCGCCGGUUGGUGUGUAAGGACAGAUAGGUUUCAAUGUAUUUUCACCGACGCCGGUAAAAAACGCGGCCGUUCCGCGACGCUUUACCGCCUUGGUGUGUAAGACCCCUAAGAGUUGUUGGGAAAUGCAGCCCUGUCCGGUGGACACCUUUGCCACCAGGAGGGCGGCCCUUAAGCACUUUACGAUGUAAAGGAAAGCAAGGCAGACGUUUUUCAAAGGGCUUCAACUGGGGCUGCACGAUUAAGGAAAAAAGUGAUAAUCACGAUUAUUUGGGUGAAAAUUGCAAUCACAGUUAUUAAACAACAAUAAGCAACUGAAUUUUGUGCAGACUUUUAUUUAAAAUCACAGACUGAAAUAUAACCAGGAAUGUAUGUAAGGGAUGAAUAAAAUAAAACAUGUUCUGGCUUGUCCCCUGUGCGAUCACAAUUAAUUUGCCAUGCCCAUGAUCUUUGAACGCUGCGAUCUAAAUCGCGAUUUUCGUUUCAUUCCAUUUAAUUUUGCAGCCCUUGCUUCAACGCAAAUAGUCAACUCAAGACACACUGGGAAAACUGUCCCUGAGAAGGUAGAUCUGCGCACGGCAAAAUAAGCUCCAAAAAAUUAACUUUAUUAUCAAGUCAAGUCAAGUCUGCUUUAUUGACAAUUUCUUUAUAUGCACUGGUUAUACAAAGAAUUGAAAUUGCAUUUCUAACUUUCCCGUGCCGACAUAGACGUACUUUAAAUGGAGACAUAGACAUACUUUAGGUAUUUUAUUAUAUUAAAACAGCAACCUUUCGAUCACCCUGGAUCUUCGUCAAGUGUUUUUUUUUAGAUUAUUUCGCAGUGUGUACACCUUACGUACCUUCUUAAGCUGUCUUACACUUUUGUCUGGCACCUGCAACAAGUGAUUUUGGAUGUGCACACCCAAAAUAAAACCUGUCCCUGAGCCCUGCCCCAAUGCCAUAGACUCAAACCACACGCAGCUAUUUUCAUCUUGUGUACACCCAUCGCUGCCGUGUUUUGCUUAGAGGUGAACACAGGGGUGUACUAAGAAGCUGGUUCAGGAGUAA